UGCCGCCAUUGCUGUUGCCGCUACUCACGGAGCAUCCUCACAGGCUGCUGAGGUACCGGUUCAAAUUGGGACUUGUUUAUUUACUAAAAUGGCCUUAUCUAAACCUGAUGAGUUGACUUUAGAUGACUGCCAGUGUCUCCUUUGUAUGGAAUUCCUCAUCGAGCCCAUAACUCUGCCUUGUAACCACACAGUGUGUAAGUCAUGCUUUAAGGCCCUUCUCCGAAAAACAUUUUUAUCGUGCCCCUUCUGCCGCACCUGGAUCUCUUCAUGGGCUCGGUACCAUACUCAUAUAAGUAGUCUUAUCAAUAAGGAACUGUGGGAAAGAAUUCAAGCUCAGUAUCCAGAGGAAUGCAGUCGUAGGAACCCUGGGGAGGACAAGCCAUGUUUGGUCUUCUAUGAGGAUUCGCCGCCAGUUCGAGUACUAUGUAAUCCCGGGGAAUUGAGGAAAGAAUAUGAAGAGGAGAUGAUCAGGCUGGAGGCUGAGCGCCAGGCCACCGAGGAAAAACAAAACAGAGCUACUAAGAAAUACAUAAGGCAGUUAUUGGCAAAGGACAUGGAGGAGGAAAAAAUACGGGAAGAAAAGCGUAGACUGGAAGAACAAAAGCAAAGGGAGGAGGAAGAGGCUAAAAAACUCAGCAUGGGUGAUACAGGAACAUCCCCAAGAAAGAAAAAAAGGAAACAAAAACAUUGUGACGAUGUCCCAAAGUUUUCCCUUCCUUGCUCUCAGCUUGAGUUAGCAUCACAGCAUGAUGCUGUGCAAGAUAGCAAGAAAACAUCUGUAAAAACUGACAGUGAUGGGAAGAACACUACAGGACAGGGAAGGAAAACUAAAACAGCUAAUGUGUCAAGAGGUCCUGAGAUUCCAAACCACGGUAAAAUAAGUUCCUGUCAUGCAUUGUGUUACGGCUAUGAUGUGAAAGUGGGCACUUCGGGAAAUGAGGCACCAAAACCAAGCUGCUCUAAUCACAAUAUUUAUGUCCCACCUAAGAACAUUAAAGCAGAAGCUACGGCUCACUCUCCUGCCGAAACAGAGAGUGGAAGCAGUGUAUCAGGCAUGACAGUGGAAAUUGGAAACGACACAACUGAGGCAAAAGCUAAAAUGUCUCACUCUUCGAGCAGUAAACACACUUCUAAAAGAAAGCAUGAGAAAUCUUCAUCUGAAGCAGCUGGUGAGCUUGACACUUACGACCUGCCCUCCAAAUCUUCCUCAGAUGAAGACGAAAUACAAGUCUUAAUUACCCAAAAGCUUAUAGAUUUGGAGAAUCUGUAUUUUGAGAAGCAUCAGCAAGAAGAACAAGAUAGAUUAUUUGCAUUGGAGCUUCAAAAAGCAUUUGAUGAAGAAGGGAAGGAAACGUGGGGUGAAAAGUUCCCAAAGAACAAUCCACACCACUACGAUGCCUCCCAUCCAGACACUUCAGCAAAAGGAGAGGGUUCCAAAGAUAAAGACAUCUGAAAGGGUCUCUUGAGAUCCUCCUGCCAGCCUUCUGAGUGCCAUAUUUACAGAUGUGCAUCACUACAUCAACCUGCAUUCAUCUUUAAUGGACCUUAUGAUUACAGAGAAUAGAAAUGUGGUUCUGUAAAACUCAAGUCAUAAGCAAGGGUGCCUAGCCUUCAUGCUAUUAAUGGUUAUUCUGUUGUUAGUAGGGGUGAUAACUAUGUUUGAUAGUUCUUAUGGAUAUAAAAUGCCUUGGGAAUGCUAGACCUCUUGAAGUCUUUUAUCCCCAACUCACUAAUUUCUUGCUACUCAAACAAACUUGUUAACAGUUUUUUGUUUGUUUGUUUUGUUUUGAAUGGAAUAAAGACCCAGGUAGAUCUCAGAUGAGUUUGAGGCCAGCCUGAUCUACAUAGUAAGUUCUAGAGAGCUAGAUAGUGAGAGCUUGUCUCAGUCAAACCAGACCAGAGAAAACAAUAAACUUAAAAUAGGACAAAAGGGCUAGAGGUAUAAGUUAGUAGAGGUAUAGGUUAGUAAUAAAGUGCCUUGAGUUCAAUCACUGGUCUGGAAAAAAAACAGAAAAGAAUAGGAAGAUAGGAAGUUACUCCAAGAGAGUAACAGCAAAAUAUUUUAUGGUAAGGAACCCGAAAUAAUUACAUUUAUUUCCACUUAGUAGUCGUUCUGUUGAUACUAUUUUUUGUAUGUAUUGAGACAAAUAGUAUCAUAUUUAGGGGCUGGAUUUGGUUGCACUUCCCUGCAAUCCCAGAACCUGGGAGACUGAGACAGGAGAAUUACAGUUCAAGUCCAACCUGGGCUCCAUGGCAAGAUCCUAUCUCAAAAAAGUUUUAAAAAAUAGGAGUUGAGAACUUAGUUCAGAAGUAGUAUACUUGACUAUAAAGCAUUAAGACCAUGGGUUUGGUUCCCAGUGCCAAAAUAUAGAAAUAAUAAAUGUGAGAGUUGGUUUUGAGCUAGUGAAGUAUACCUCUUAAGUGUUUCCAGAGAGGGUCAGGAUGUGGGGCAGUGACUGAAGGAAAAGACCUGCCCAGAUGGAAAAAGCUGAAGAAGCCAGAAGACAUUAGUUUCCAGCCUCCACCUGUCAACGUGAACCUGACAGUAGCAACUACUCCAGUGAACAUCCAGAUCUUCAGCACCUGAUGGGGACUACCAGAGGCUUCCAGAAGACACCUUUCUGUCUACUGGCUAAGUUUAAUUAAUAUGAACUUUA